AUGGCGAUCAAGCACAACCAGCAGAUUUCCCACAACCAUUUCCGAAAGGAUUGGCAACGCCGAGUUAGAGUUCAUUUCGACCAGCCUGGCCGAAAACUCAGACGCCGUAAUGCACGUCUUACAAAGACCGCAGCUGUCGCUCCACGCCCAAUCGACUUGUUGAGACCAGUUGUUAGAUGCCCAACCGUCAAGUACAACAGACGUGUACGAGCUGGUCGUGGUUUCACCCUCGCCGAAUUGAAGGAGGCCCAAAUCCCCCGCAAGCUCGCACCUACGAUCGGUAUCUCCGUUGACCCCCGCCGACAAAACCUCUCAGUCGAGUCCUUAAAGGCCAACGUCGAACGCCUCAAGUCCUUCCGUGCCCGUCUUAUCCUCUUCCCACGCAAACUCGGACAACCUAAGAACGGUGAUUCUACCAAGGAGGAGGUCUCAGCUCUCAAGGAGACUAGCAACCGUGUUAAGCACGUUCUGCCAAUUGCCACCGUUGAGGGUGGAUUCUCAGAGAUCAAGAAGGCUGAUAUGCCAAAACCAAUUGAGGGAGGUGCAUUCAGAAAGUUGCGCGAUGCCAGAAGUGAUGCCAGAUUGGUCGGCAAGCGUGAGAAGAGAGUCAAGGAUGCCGCUGAUGAGGCUGCCGCUGCUAAGAAGUAA